AUGUCUCGCGCGGCUGCAACAUCCCCCAGCUUGCUCAUGCCCGACCCUCCUGCGCUGCGAGCACCCAGCCGAGGCCGUCGCGCCUACCACCGCCCGGUGCCCUUCCGCUCCUACGGCGGCCACUCGGGCGCCUCCCCGAACCCCCAGACCCGAUCGGUCUCACUCGCUCAGCACCACUGCCACCAUUAUCACCACCACCAGCGCCAUGGAACCCGUACGGAAGCUAUACAGGCCGCAGCAACGACAUCAUCACCCGCAGCAGCAGCAGCCACGGCAGCAGCCGCCGCCAGGGCAAGGGCCGCCGCCAGCUCCAACCUCACCGCCACCUCCACCACUCCUCGCCGUUCGUACAUCGUCGCCGCGGCGGCAGUGUAUCGCGGCGGCGGCGGCACCGGCAGCAGCGGCGCCUUCCAGCCGGCCUCCAAGUCAUCCCCUGGCUUGGCAUCAUCAUCUCGCGCAGAGCGGCUGGCUGAUGAGCGCUUCAGGCUCCAGGCGGUCAGAGGCGCCGGGGGAACCGGAUCUGGAUCUGGAUCUGGACAGCCCGGGGCGCUGCAGGUUGGGGCGCUAGUAGAGUACGAGAAGAAUGACCGUGCUGUACUGGCCGUACUUGUGGCCCCGGAUGGCAAGAAGAACUGGUUCGCGGUGGACCAGACGGGUCGGCGACAGCCCAUCACACCCAAGCAGGUGGUGUUUGUGCUGCCGGGCUCCGGCUACAGGGAGGGUGACGUGGCGGCCUUCGUGGAGGCGGCGGAGGGGGCGGACAUGUCCAUGAUGGAGGUGGUGUGGGAGAUCGCGAUUGAGACCGCAGGCGGCCCCCUGGAGCUAAAGGAGCUGGCGACGCUGCUGUACGACGAUACGACACCAAGGUCGCUGUACGUCACGCACCGCAUGUUACAGAAGGACACGCUGUACUUCAAACCGGCUCCUCGAGGGGGCGCCGCCGCCGCCGCUAUCGUCGCGGGAGGGUCGUACAUUCCGCGCUCCGCCGAGGAGGUUGCGGCGCUGCGGGUGCAGCAGGAGGCGGCGGAGGCGGCUCGCAAGGCGGCCGAGGCAUGGCGAGCGGCGGUGGUGGCGGCUCGGACCGCUAAGACCCGGGCCCAGCAGCCCAGUGCCGCGGAGUGGGAGGAGGGACCGUUCGGAGGCCGCAUCCGGGCUCUCAAGGCCAUUGCACUCAGCACGCCUCGAACCGACGACGUGACGACCCAGCUGGCGCUGUCCUCGCUGCAGCUGGUGGGGGCCGGCAGUCGCGCAGAACCCGACGCGGCUGCCGCGCUGUUGGUGGAGAUCGGGGCCCUGCGCCGCCACGAGCCGCUGCAGCUGCUGCGCCGCGGCCUGGCGAUCCGCACCCCUGCCGAGCACGAGCAGGAAGCGGCGGCCCUACUAGCCGCCCCGCCGCCAGACCCGGAUGCAAAGCUCCGAGAGGACCUCACCCACCUGCGGGUGUUUACUAUCGAUGACGUCACCACCACUGAGGUGGAUGACGGACUAUCCCUGGAGCGACUGGAGGGGUCAGAGGGGGCCGCCGCCGGAAUCCGGAUCUGGAUCCACGUAGCUGACCCUACUCGCUGGAUCCGCCCCGGAUCCAAUUUGGAUAUGGCGGGUCGCGACAGGAUUCGAACUCUGUACCUGCCAUGGGGCUCUGUGCCCAUGUUCCCGCGGCAGCUGGCGGAGGGGCCGUUUAGUUUACGGGAGGGGCAGGUGUGUGAUGCGAUGAGCGUGUGUGUACGACUGAACAAGGAUGGCUCCCUGGAGCGCCCUCGUGUCGUACCCAGCCGCGUACGGGUCAACCACAAGCUCACGUACGACCAAGCAGAUGCAGUACUGGCAGCAUUGGCGGCGGGGGAUGGGAAUGGAACAGAAGCAGCGGGGACGGGGGCGGGAGCUGUGGCGGUGGAGGACGGCUCCAGGGGAGUCCUGGACGUAGCGGCAGUGGCGGACCUGUUGGCGUUACGGGAGGCGGCACUCGCACGACGAGCCUAUCGGGAGGCCUGCGGCUGCAUUGAGAUCCCGCUUCCCGAGGCCAAGAUCAACGUGCCGUACUCUCAUCUGGAUCGUGCUCGUCCUGCCGUCACCAUCAGCCGUAUCAGCCAGUGGGACAGCCCAAGUCGGAGUCUGGUGGCGGAGAUGAUGAUCCUCGCGGGGGAGGCGGUGGGGGCCAUCGGCGCCGAGGCCGCCCUGCCGCUGCCGUACAGGUCCCAGGACAGUCCCGAGCUUCCCCCCGCCUCCGCCCUCGCCGCCCUCCCCGAGGGGCCCUGUCGCGGUUUCGCCCUCAAGCGCUGCAUGACGCGGUCCGCUGUGGGUCCCUCGCCUCGUCGCCACGCCGCCCUGGCCCUGGACGCCUACGUGCAGUUCACCUCCCCCAUCCGGCGGUACUCGGACAUGGUGGCGCACCACAACCUCAAGGCGUGGCUGCGAGGGGAUCCGCUGCCCUUCAGCGGGAACGAGAUUGAGUCGCUGAUGGCGGCGGCGGGGGAGGCGGGGCGGGAGCUCGGCGCGGCUGAGAGGGAGAGUGAGAACUACUGGGUGGCAGAGUACCUCCGGCUGAACUGGGGUGCCGAGUACCCGGCUAUGGCGUUAGGCUGGCAGCGCGAGGAGAUGCAGCUGGCGGCGUUCCUGCUGCAGCGGGAGGGCCUGGAGGUGGUGGUGCGGGUGCCGCAGGGUACGGCAUUCCGGCCUGGGGACUGCUGUGUGCUGGCGCCCAGUGAGGUCAACCCGGCUACGGGGUUUUACAGGUUCUACAUUGCGGGGUGGACGGGCGGCGAGGAGGAGGCGCAGCCUGCGCGGCGAGUAGGCCUGGCAACGCGGAGGCGUCAGCUGUGCAAGCCAUGCGGUGCUAUCGAAAUUGAUUUCAGCGAUCCGGAUACCCAGAUCAGCCUUGCUGGUAUGGUUCUAGGUCUUGUAGCUGGCCUUGGUGCUCCGAUUUGGUACAUCAACCGUGCGGAGAAGGAUGAGGAGCGCCUGGAAGAGCUGCGCGCGCUAAACCGCGCUACGUACGCGGAGACCGGCGAGUACAUGACUGAGGAUGAGAUUGCAAAGAUUCGGAAACCCAAGUGGACUGACCGUCGCGAGUGGGUUGACGACGACUAAAAGCUACCUUGACGGGCAAAAAGCCAGGACGACCAGUUUUGGAGUGCUGUUAUAUCUUUCAUUUAAAUCCAUCGCACAGGUGGUUCAUGUACCAUACUGCUAAGGGGCCGGUUUUGGGGCCUCCCACCAUAUUUGUUUCUGUAGUUGCUGCAGACGGAGGGCGGUCCUCUUCAUUCGGGUUUUGAAGCCACAGAUGGGCAAGGAGAGCAGGAGCUGUCAAGGAUCAGCUAAAUGGCUGGGAGCAGAUCAAUUUGAUGGGGUGUAGGACAAAGAUGAUCGCACGUGGGUGGUGCCGUACGGAAGGACAUAAAUGAUGUCGUACGUGAUCUAGGCAGGUUCAAGUCGCAUGUCCGCUUGAGGAUAGUUCGCGGGGUUCGCAUGAAUGGGAUGUAAUGUCACCGAUCUCGAUACAUAUCUGCUCCUAUAACUGUUCCGACAGAGGGCACACGCAUAACCCCAAUAGCGUGCAACAGAUCUGACCAGUUAUCACCACCCAACACCUUGAGAGAGCGAGCGCUGCGCCAUUUAUCGCCACUACCGACCGACCGCAAACUGCACCUUGGUGUCCAAUAUAGCAGAGGAACACAUGUCGCUGUUGUAUCCGCGCGCUUUCUACAAACGCUUUCCACCGAGAGCUCUUUCCACAUCACCAUCAUCAUCAUCAUCAUUCCCGCUUACAAGCCGCGCAGCAAGGCUGGCGGAGUCCGCAACAGCAUCCAACAUUAUCCCCUACUUCCAGCCACCAGACGCCAGCCCUCCUCAGACGCACGAGACGGGCCGCCCCUCGCAUUUCCCCCCCCCCCGCUGCAAACAGCCUUACGUCGUACAACAACGGCACAUACGUCACACCACAACAUGUAUUCCUCCGUACUAUGCCGUACUCCCCAGCGCGGGUACCCACCUACCCAGCCCCUACCUCCCGUCAUCAUUCUGCCAUCGAAGACAUGAGAAUAAGAAUCGAACUUUCGAAAGCAGGAACACACAUGCGACUAACAAACAGAUUUACAACUUUUGCAAGGAAAAACAUGGACGGCUCUGCUUCACAAAUGCGCUGUUGGACGGUGUUAGGUGGUUAGGUGCUGAACGGUUGCUAUGCCGCUCCAUCCGGGGCAUUUCCCAGUAUCGUCAACGGCCCCCGUACUCUUACCCUGACCGCACUAUCUUCCUGUCGUACAGUGUUCGUACAUAACGCGUCGCGUUCGCCCUCCUGCAUUUCCUGUCCACUCAUCCAUUGGCAGGUCAGGGCUAUACCGUAUUUAAAUCGCCACGCACGUGUUAAUUGUUUACCGAGAUUGGUCUACAAGACUGCGCACACACAUAUACACAUACAGACAUACAGAACCAACAUACAGAGCCAACAUACGGACACAACAUACAGACACGGCAAGGGGACAGUGGCCGACAGGUCUUCAAGGACUGGUUGCCUAUGACGCCCUUUCAAACCCCCCCCCUAACCCAUGGCCCCUCUUCCACCUGCUCCGAGCCGUAGCCCUGCCAGCCAGCCGGCCUGCCAACCUUACGGGUUUAAACGCAGUUGCCAAACUUCAAUAUCCCUUUCAUGCAUUGCCCUUCCUUUAUUUAUUCAAUUAUGUAUUCAGUUGAGUCGGUUAGUCGCCCCCGGUUGACGAAGUUCAAAAUCGAGUCAAAAGGCAGUUAGAGCAAUGCCUGGUUGACAUUUGGAACUGUAAUUGACCAAAUCUGUCCGUAAACUAUAGGUAUAUGCAGCGAGGCAGUAUGCGGUAGGGUUGCGUAAAAGUAACCUCUUAGAUUCGUAGCAGCAGCAGUAGCAGAUAAAGAUGCAGCAGCAGCACCACCACCACCACCACUACAAAUGCAGCCAGCACCUCCUGACAGCGCCACGAGCCGCCUCGCCGCCAACCACUAACCGCGGAAUGCUGCGCGCGGCGGCAAACAAGAUCCGUGCAAAGCCCUCUGAUGUAUUGAUGAGUUGCGUGAUGUGCG